GUGUUUAGGGUUUCAAUCCAAAGCAUCAAGCGAAGACGAAGUAAGAGAGAGAGAGAGAGAGAGAGAGAGAGAGAGAGAGAGGAGACGCGAGAGCGUUAAUGGCGUCGGUGUCUUCGGCGAACGGAGGCGUCGCCGCCGAUCGGAACAAAGCCAUCGUCUUCGCCCUAUGCAAACGACUCUCGCUCGAUCCACAGAAGAAAAUUUUCAGUGAGAGCAUCGAAGAGUAUGAUGUUGCAACUCUCUUCACUAACAUUUUGCAGCUAUCAGCGACUGAGGCUCCUCUCCCCAAUAAAGAUGAGAUAAUGAAAUGGGUAGCUUUUGCAAAUAGUUUUCCUGGCAAAGAUGACACGUCACUCAAAGCUCUGAAUGAAGAUUUGGCCCAGAAGGCUGUUUUGCUUGGUGGUGGUCUCAAACCCUCAGUGGCUGACAUUGUUGUGUUCGCGGCGCUACAUUCUUUUGUGAGUCAUCUUAAUGACACAGAAGUGCAAAAUUUCCCAAAUGUGAUGAGGUGGAUGGACUACAUUCAGAAUAUUGAAGAUUUUGGUGGACUGUUAGCAAAGAUUCAUAUCAAGAAGCCUCAACUCGAACCCUAUUGUGCAAAGAAAGUAGAUAAGGUAGAUGCGACACCAAGUUCAAAAAAGGAAGCUCAAGGCCCGAAGAGUGGUGAAAAGUCAGAAGGAAAUGCUGAAGUGAAGAAAGCUUCUGAUGAGAAAAAGGCUUCUGCUGGUGAUAAAGCAAAAAAGGCACCGGUAAAAGAUAAUAAAGCCACUGAGGAUAAAAAGAAAGCAGCGGAAACGGAGUCUGCGGAGAAGGAUGCAGAGUGCAGUGUUUCCAUCCUUAAUAUACAGGUCGGCCUAAUUCGCAAGGCAUGGAAGCAUCCAUCUGCUGACAGUUUAUUGGUCGAGGAGAUUGAUGUGGGAGAGGGCAACAUACGGCAGGUCGUUAGUGGUCUCGCAAAGUUUUGCAGCCCUGAGGAACUCACAAAUCGCCGCGUUGUGCUGAUUACAAACGUGAAGCCUGGAAAGCUGCGAGAUGUAAUGUCUGCUGGGUUGGUCUUAUGUGCCUCUAAUCAAGACCAUUCAGUUGUCGAGCCUUUGAUUCCUCCGGAAGGAGCCACCAUUGGAGAACGUGUUUCAUUUGCAGGGUAUGAAGGCAAGCCAGAAGACGUUCUAAACCCGAAGAAAAAGCAGUUGGAGAAGAUCACUCCGCAUCUCUACACUGAUGACAAAAGUGUGGCAACAUACAAGGGAGUGCCAUUCAUGACAUCUGCUGGGCCAUGCAUGUCAUCCAUCCCCAAUGGAAGCAUAAAGUAAUAGGUCUAUUUUUUUUAUUUUUUUUUUUAAAAGUGAGAGGUCUAUUAUUACGGCGUGGUGUAUUAUGCAUUGAUAUGUUAUAAAUGGCCGCCUGUUGUGGAAUGAUUCUGUUCUGAGGAUGAGCUCUAGAUCGAAUUUUGCAAGACAUGUGCUCCUCUUUUCUAGAGAAAACAGAGUAAAAACCUUGUACUUUUUAGUAAUUGUUACUAGCUGUGUCUCAUGUACUUAUCCAUUAAUUUUUUAGCUUAUUUGGGAUUGCUCCUCUAAUUUAUGAGAAGGAACAGUUAGUUGAA